AUGGCUAAUUUUAGCGUGUGUUUAGUACUGAUAUUAUACCAAUUCUCAGUGGCUUUUAGUGACGAAGCGUCUUCAGAAUUAUCGGAUCUUGGACUGACAGAUCCGAAGCAGGAUAAAGAUGUUGAGGGCGUCCGAUGUUACUGCAAUACCGCACAGUGUGUCGGGACAGGAUACAUGUGUCGCUCAAGAAAAGGUGGAGGCUGCUACAGUGAACUGCCACCAAGAAGACAUCACUCCAGACACGGAUGUCUACAUCAUUUAGCUGAAAGAGAGGAAGAAGCUUUAGCGCAUUGCCAGAACACUCCGUCGUCUGGUGGUCCGCCACCAAGGGAGCACUCUCUACUUCUGUGCUGUUUCAAAGAUCUCUGCAACCACGAGGAUAGCCCAAUAGCCAGAGCCAGGCUCAAUCUCACCCGUUCUGACUUAGAUGGCAAUGCAGUAGCCAGCGAAAGGGGUGCAAGUUACAACGGCGAAGUAUGGUUCAAAGCAGCUACCAUCGCUGUGCCAGUGUGCGGUGCCCUUAUAUUGUUCCUUCUAGUCGCGGUCGCUGUCAGAUUGCUAAGGGCCGACGCACUCUUGCAUGCAGAUAGAAAACUAAGAGGGGGCUACAUAACUCCACCUCAGCACAGCACGGAUGACGUCAAGAAAGUUUGGGUGGGUAAUUCUGCCCCCCUACUCGUCACACCAGGGGGCUGCUUAGUGGCUGUGGAACGGGCGCAGUUAGUGGAUGUGCCGACCCAGCAAUUCUGUGAUAUACAACGAUAG